AUGGACGCCUGCGCCCUCCUGACCUCGCAGGGCUGGCGAGGCAAAGGCCACUCCCUCCACCAGACGGACGACUCCAUCGGCCUCGCCAAGCCUCUCCUCCUCAACCGCAAAGACAACACCAAGGGCCUGGGCACCACCGCCCACUUCACCAGCGACCAGUGGUGGAUGAACGCCUUUGACGAACAGCUCAAGGGGCUGCAGACCAGCAAGGAGGGCGGGGUCACGCAGACCGUCACGACGGGCAAGCUCAACGCCGUCGACAGGGGCUCGCUGGGCAAGUACUCGCUCUACGCGUCGUUUGUGCGCGGCGGCUUCCUCGAGGGCACCGCGCUGCCGGGAGCGAGCCCCGCGACUGCGACCGCUGGCGAAGCGACCGAGGCGAGGAGGAGGUCCAAGGAGGAAAAAGCCCUGCUGAAAGCGGCUCGGAGGAGGUCCAAGGAGGAAAAGACCAUGCUGAAAGCGGCGAGGAUGAGUUCAAAGGAGGAAAAGGAUCAGCUAAAGGCGGCUCGGAGGAGGUCCAAGGAGGAAAAGACCCUGCUGAAAGCGGCGAGGAUGAGUUCAGAGGAGGAAAAGGCCCUGCUGAAAGCGGCUCGGCGGGAGGCAAGGGCCAGCAGGCGGCACGAAAGGCUAGAGGAGCAGCGCAAAGCCAGGACGGACGAGAAGCUGGGGCUGGGGGAGCAAGAGGCCGACCGGGCGCGCAGGAAGCAAGAGAGGAGGGCCAGGCGGGAGGCCAAGCGGGCGCAGAAUAAAGCAGAGGCCUGCCGCUUGAUUGGGGAUCGGGCCUGA